CCAUAAUUUGUCAGCCAUUUUUUAUUUCAUAAUUUGUGAAGAAAAAAUUAAGUACAUACAGAAAAUAUUUUCUCCGCUGUGCAUUUUUUAAAAGAAAAAUAAAUAUUAUUCAAUUUACAAAAGAACUUAAAAAAAACUUAAAAACAAUCAAAAUAUAUUAUUGAAAUAAAGUGAAUAAAUAAAAACUAAAGAUUUUAAGAACAAUUUAUAAUUAGCUGUGAACAAAGAACAUUUAUUGCAAUUAACAAAGAAGUUUGACUUUUUAAUUUAGUUAAUUCACAACUAACUAUUUGCUAGAACAACAAAAAAAAAAAAUAUUUUUUGAAGUAAAAAUCGUAAUAAAAUAAAAAUACCUUAAAAAAAAUUAAAAGAAAGACAUGAUGUCUUCAACAUUAAGUAAAAUCCAUGUGACAAAUUCAACGGGUCUUUCUUUAAAUGAACGUUUUACGGCCAUAUCAACACAACCAAAAGUUGUAACCAAUAUUGGUACAACCCGACGCAGCCGUAGUCGCAGCCGUAGUGUACAGCGACAAGUACCCGUUCCAGCUGCAGCCGAACGUGUAACAUCACGAGCCAAUCAACGGUUAUUGGCUCAACUCCAGAGGAAACAUAAAGUACAAGCUGCUUUAAAAUUGAAACGUAGAAGUAUGCGUACCGUUGGUGGCAGAUCGAAUGGUAGUGGUGGAGCUAAUGGCAGAAUACGACGUGGCACUGUCAAAGCAUUUCGCGUAGGAGCUAAUGGUAAACCCAUACGCACCAACAGCCUGACCCGUAUUGCAACCAUGAAUGCUGAUCGCGAGAUUACCAACAAUCGUGGCAGACCCUUGCGUCGUUCUAAUUCAUCAAACAAUCUAGCCGGUCGUUUGGGACCUAGACGUCCUACUGUGGGCGGUGCUGCUCAACGUGUGGCCAGAAGAAAUAUUGAUCGUCAACGUGGUCGCAAUAGUGUUGGCAAUCGCGGCAGAUCUACUGGCCUUAAUAAUCGUGGUCGCUCACGUAGUCGUUCUCGUACACGCACCCUGUCCGAUAAUGGACGCAAUCGUUCACGUACCCGCAACAAUUCAGACAAUCAACUUAAUAAUCGUAGCCGCUCCAGAAAUCGUAAUUCGGUCAACGCACAAACGAAUAACAACAACAACAACGUACGUCGUGGUCGUUCCCGUAGUCGCAGUCGUGGACGUGUUGCUGCUGGCUCUGUAAACAAAUCAAAUUUGCCAAUUAAAGCACGCUUGGGUGUACGUCCCGGUGUGGCUGCAAAUCGCGGUACAAAUAAUAGACGUGGUCGCAAUGCUAGUCUAACCAGACGGGGUGUACAAACAGGUCGUGUACAGAAGAGACGUAAUUCUACAAAUGCAAAUGCUGCUGGAAACGAUAAUAAUGGACGUGGUCGUAUGAGAUCAAGAUCUGCCGUUCGUAAUAACAGCAAAAAUGGUAAUGUGCGUUCACGAUCACGUUCUCGCACACGCAAGGGUCAGGUAGGUCAGCAACGCCAGCAACAGGGUUCAGGACAAGUAAGACAGCAACGUAACAACCGUGCUCCCCGCGGACGCCAGCAACAACGACGUGGUAACAACAUCAGCAACGGUCAAAGAGGUACAAAUAAUAAUGGUAAAGCUCAAACACAACAAAGACGUGGACGCAGUCGUAGUCGCACCGGACGUGGUGCUAAUAGCGGCGGCAACUCUCGUAAUCAAGCUUUUUUUUAAUGCAAACAAAAACCUAUUUCUAUCUUUAGGAAAUAAAUCAGCAGCAGCAACAAAACCGGCUGUCAACAAAGAUGCUUUGGACAAAGAGUUGGAUCAAUAUAUGGCCACAACAAAGACUGAACAUGAAAUGGAUUACUUGUUAAAGAAUUAAAGGAUUGAUGCUGAUGAUGGAAGGAAGUACGAUUUGUUCACAAUAUUAUAACAUUUGCUCCAACUCCCCCCAAACAAUGAUAAUGAUUGUUUUGAUAUUUAAAACUAUACUCUUUUUGUGUAUAGUUGACAUUUUUUUAUAAAUGUUUUUAUUAGUGUAAUUAGUUUAACUAUAAUAUCAAAAAAUAGUUGUAAUUCAAUAUAACUAUUUCAUUUUUUAUAAAUAAGUAAUUAUAUAAUUUAAGUCAUUUGUCAUUUAGUUUGUUUUUUUUUAUUUUUUGCCAUUUUGCUUACAUACACGAAAUAUUUUGUCCAUUUUUUGUUGUAUAUAUGAAAAAAAUACAUAAUUGUUUACUUUUUAUUUUACAAUAUAAUAAAGAGGAAUAUAUCAUUUAUAUUAAA